AUGAUCGCUCUCUCCAUCUCAGCAGAGACUGAGAACGUCGCCAGGAUUCGUGUCCCUGAAGACCAUACGUUCUUCCUGCGCCUGAGAUGCACAACCUGCCACGAGGAGACCCCCAAUGCCGUUGGAGUGAGCAGAGACGAUGUGGUGGAAGGGAUUCGAGGCGCCAGCGUCAAUCUCAAGUACAAAUGCAAGGGAUGCGGGAGAGAGCACGACAUCACCGUCCAGCCCUACGACGAGAAGGAGGCAUGGACUGAGGGAGGGAAGGAAUGGCAGAGGAUCGCUGCGUUCGAGUGCCGUGGCAUGGACCCGUACGAGUACGAGAUCCGAGACGGUUAUCUUGUUGAGGCAGCAGACGGCUCGAAGUUUGAUGAUGUCGAUCUCUCCGACGACUGGAUGGAGGUAGACGGAAAGGGAAAUCCGGUAUCCAUAUCAAACGUCAAAGCCCGUCUGGAAGGAGCCAAGGCAGAGAAGAAGAAGAAGUGA